AUGUUACUCAUUCUACCUCUUCUAUUAAUUUUUGAAUUCAAAUUUGGAAGAGCGACACAAAGCAAUGGAAAUUUUCAUUUGGAUGAAUUCCAAUGGUACUUUCAAUCAGCAAAUGGCUCUAUCCAAGGAUCAGCUCGGGUACCUGGAGAUAUCUAUCAAGAUUUAUUCGUUGCAAACUAUAUUUCUGAGCCACUGUUUGGCGAGAAUGAUCAUUUGUUAAGAUGGGUACCACGAAUUGACUGGAUUUAUUAUACCACAUUUACUAUUCCCAAAAAUUGGAGCAAUGUAAGAGGAGUGUUAUUAAAUGCUGGCGGAUUCGAUACCGUGGCCGAUGUGUAUUUUAAUGGUGUAUUAGUUCUCAAAACAUAUAAUCAAUUCGUUUCCUAUCUGAUACCUCUAAAACAAUGGAACAUUGGUAAAAAUGAUUUGCGCAUCGAAUUUAAAUCGCCUAUUAAUUAUGCGAAACAGAAAUCUAAGGAGUAUCAGGAACAAUUUGGUCAUGUUGUUCCUCCCGUAUGUCCAGUACCCGAAUUCCAAGGUGAAUGCCAUAUUAAUUUCAUCAGAAAAGUGCAAGCAAGCUUCAGUUGGGAUUGGGGGCCUUCAUUUCCAACAAUUGGCAUUUGGAAGCCAAUAUCUAUCGAAGGCGUGGAAGCAAUAUUUGUAGACAAAGUAUCAGCAGUAGUCUCAUUUAAAAAGGAGCAGCAGUUUAUCAUUUCGUUGAGAAUCACAGUAUGGAGUGCAAUAAAAGUGAAAUAUGCGCGAGUGACGCUAUCAUUACCUGAAAUUUCAAUCACGGAUCGCUUUAUCACUUCAUUUGAUCGGAUGAGUCAAAAUAUCGCAGAACGAAGAAUUUCAGUGCCUAAUGAUGCUGUAGAGAGAUGGUGGCCAAAUGGCAACGGCAAGCAAAAACUAUACAAAUUGAUUGCUUCAGUAUUUUAUAAAGAGCAAAACUUUAGCAAAGAAAUACGAGUAGGAUUUCGAACAGUUCAGCUCAUUCAGGAUUAUGUGAAUAGCGAAAAACCCACACAAGGAAGACAUUUUUAUUUCAUGAUCAACGAUAAGCCUAUAUUCUUUAAAGGCUCAAAUUGGAUUCCAUCAUCAGCGUUUCCAGCUCGCAAUCAUCGUUUCAAAGAGAAAUUUUUGCUUGAGUCAGCGCGUGAAUCGAAUAUGAAUGUAUUACGUGUAUGGGGUGGUGGUCGCUAUGAAAGUGAUCACUUUUACGAUUUAGCCGAUGAACUGGGAUUAAUGAUAUGGCAAGAUAUGAUGUUUGCAUGUGCAUUAUAUCCAGUUGAUGAGAGAUAUUUGGAUAAUGUUCGAGAAGAAGUAUAUUCUCAGGUGGAGCGACUUCGACAUCAUCCAUCUAUUGUAGUUUGGGCCGGAAAUAAUGAAAACGAAUUAGGUGUUCGUCAGUGGUUUUUUGCGGAAAAUUACUCUCUUACUGAUUCGGUAUCAGAUUACAUGAAGUUAUACAAUGAAACAAUACGGCCAAUCAUUACCAAACUGGAUGGUACUAGGCCAUAUCUAUUGUCCAGUCCAACAAAUGGAGUGGAAUCUGAAAAAGAAGGAGGUGUUGCAAAAUAUCCUGCCGAUGAGAAAUACGGUGAUAUUCACUUUUACAAUGAAUUAGAUGACUUAUGGAAGGAUUCAACUUAUCAAAUUCCACGAUGCUCUUCUGAAUAUGGUGUACAGUCGUUUCCAAGAAAAGAAACGAUGUUGAAAUGGUUGAAUGAAACAGAAUGGUCUUAUACAAGUGAGGGAAUGAGGCGUAGACAACAUCAUCCUGGUGGAUUCUUGGCUCAACUUUCCAUGAUCUUUUCACACUUUAAAAUCCCGAAUGAAUGUGGAAAGGCAGUAAAUGAUGACUGUGUCUAUUUGAGAACGGAGAAAUUCAUGGACCGUUUCGUAUACUUGUCCCAAUGGCGUGGACGACUGACGGAAGAUGGUCGUGGUAAUACGAUGUGCGCUCUAUAUUGGCAACUUAACGAUUUAUGGGUAGCACCAACUUGGUCAACAAUUGAUUACGAACUUUCAUGGAAACCCGCCCAUUAUUUUGCUCGUCGAUUCUUUGCACCAGUUAUUUUUUCUCUGGAAGUAGACGAUGACGUUCAUCUGUUCAUUGUAUCAGAUCUAUUGAAACCGAUAUUUAAUGUAAGAGUAGUUUUGGAAAUUUUCUGGUUUGAUCGUUUGUUUCCAGUUGAUGUAUUUGAACAAGAAAUUAGUUCAAUUUAUCCGCUGUCAUCCGUUGAGAUCCCAAUCAAUGAAACAAUUUCCAAUAGAAUAAGAGAGAGAGGAAAGGAUCGAUCCAUCUUGCGAGGAAGGAUACUGUCAAAUAAUGGUACUCAAAUUGGUUACGACACCGUGCACUUGCCUGAUAAGCUAUUUAAAAUAGAUGAAGUGAAUUUCGGUAAAGCCUGGAUUCGAGAACUGCACAGGAGGAAUGAUUUGUUAUAUGAGUUGAAGUUAAAAGCUAAUAAAUUAGCACCUUUCGUAUAUAUGGAAUUAGCUCCAGGCCUAAUUGGAUGGUUCUCCGAUAAUGCAUUCACGAUGACCGAACCAAGAAAAACUGUGGUAUUAUUCUUGUUCAAGGAACCUGGAUAUCAACUGACCAAAGAUGAUAUUACCAUUUGUUCAUUACGCGAUUGUGGAAAAACUAACAUAUGA